AUGUCGUCUGACGAACAUCAAAAGGGGGAGGGCCCCGAGAACAGAUUCACCAUAAACUCUUAUGGUCUGGAGGACAUUGACCCGGAGCUUCGGCAUAGCGAAGUCAAGAAGCCCAUCAAGGUCGAGCCGUGCUGGACACGGCGGACCACUGAUAUCAAAGGUCGCUCUAAGCCCAAGGACCCGAACAUGGGUCCUUUCCCUGACCUCCCUCAGAUUGUCUGGACUCAGGAUUACUGGAUUCGCCUCUGGGGUCAAUCAAAUCGAUACGAGGCCACGCGUGGAUACCAACUCUUCCAGAUGUCCUCCACCUGCAAGGAACGCUGCAAGCAAUGUCGACUUGCAAUGUGGGGCCCGAGACGACAGGAUCUCCUGGCCAGCGAAUAUACAAUGCGCGACCAUGCGGAAGUCCAGGCGAAUCGCGCUCAGCAAGGGGACCAAGAUGCGCCACAGGUCGGAGAACUUAAGGAAGACAUCAUUGACGAGCAGACCGAGGAGUGCAUUGGCAAGAUCUACUGGACUGCCGACAUGAUCGCGAAGUGGCACAAAAGAGAAGCGGCGAAGGAGGCCAAGCGCGAGACUAAGUACGGCUGCUGGGGACAUCCGGGAAAGCCAAUAUUCAAUUGCUGCAAGAAGAACAUCUUUUCCCGCCCUUGCCAUCAGUUCAAAUCCCACAACAUUGUUGACAACCAGGAGGCAUGGAAACGUAACUGGGAGCUACACGAGGCCCCUAAAAAACCUACAGAUUACCGCUUUGCAAUCGCCCUCGACUGUGAGAUGGGUAUCACCGACCUGGGUGAGCAGGAGCUCAUCCGGGUGAGUGCCAUCGACUUCUUCACCGGAGAAAUCUUGGUGAACAAGCUGGUCUUUCCCAAAGUUCGCAUGUGGCACACCAACUUCCGCUUUUCCGGUGUCACCUGGGACAUGUUGUACAGAGCCAAGGAUCGGGGUGAAGUACUCGAUGGCCGAGAUGCAGCCCGUGAAGCGUUGUUCUGCUACAUGGGCCCCAACACUAUUCUCAUGCUCCACGGUGGCCGGGGAGACAUGUUGGCGCUGCGAAUUAUUCACCGCCGAAUUGUCGACACCAUGCGCUUCGCCGAAGCUUCCUUGAAGGAAAACGCUAGAAACUUCCUGAAUCGCGAGAUCCAGCAAGGCCCCCAUGACAGCCUCGAGGAUGCGAUCGCCUGCCGAGACCUCGCGAACCACUUCAUCACGAACAUCCCAUUUGAGCACGUCUACGGAUCAAAAUACGGCCAUAUGUGGCGGGGUGAUGGCUUGGAUCUGGGGGUCACAGAGAUAGAUGGCAAAAUCGAGCCGGAAUCGAGACCUCUAUCAGAGAACCGGGUACCCUACCUCAAGAACUUUCCCCGCUUCGAGCGUUGGGUUGUCGAAGAAGGACGCCGACGAGCUAAGGAACUAUCCCUAGAUGAGGCAACAGCUCAGGGAUUGCACGAUCAAAGUUGGGAGAAUAACCAGGGGAUGCCAUGGGAAUAUUACCUUAGGCCUGAGGAUGAUUGGGCUUCAAUUCCCCAUGACGAGGCUUGGGAUGCUGAACCCCAGUGGCAUGAGCCCGAGGAUGAUUGUGAGAAAGAAGAUUGCCGAGGUUGA